UUCUCAGAUCACAUUCACACACUCUUUCUUCGUAAAACCCUACUCUCUCUCCCAUUUCUCCGGCGACAAUGGCAACCGGUCUCGACAUGUCACUCGACUACAUUAUCAAGAGCUCCGCCGCCGCACCUCGCCGCCGAGAAUAUGGUCCCGGACCGGACCGCCGCUUCACUCUUCACAACCUGGCCAGAACGACGCCGUACGCAAUCCCUCAGGGAAGGCAAGCUAACGUGGUUCCGGAAAUGGUUUUGGAUGGUGCUGCAGCUGAGAGUGGCACAAAACUCUAUAUAUCUAACUUGGAUUAUGGGGUUUCCAACCAAGAUAUUAAGCUGCUGUUCUCGGAAGAGGGUGAGUUGAAAAGGUACUCCAUUCAUUAUGACAAGAGUGGGAGAUCAAAGGGAACAGCAGAAGUUGUCUUUACAAGGCGGUCUGAUGCUUUAACAGCCAUCAAGAAAUACAACAAUAUGAGGCUUGAUGGAAAAUCAUUGCAAAUUGAGCUUGUUGGAACAAGAUUGGUUAGUUCUGCUGUCACGCCUCUUUGUCAAAAUAGCUUACUGGGAAGACCAAAUAAUGUCCUAGGAAGCGAACGAGGAAGGGUUGGAGGAAGCAGGUUCCACAUUGGCUUUGCUCGUGGCUACCUUCCAAGGGGCCAUGGAAAAGAGAAGGAUCAUGUUCAAAAGGUAUCUUUUAGAGACCUUGAUCAUGACUUGGAGAGGUAUCAUCGCCGUCCAAGAUUCCUCGGAGAAGUGAAGGGCCAUAUUGGAAAGGUCUCUGUUAGAGAUCUUGAUGCUGAUUUAGAGAGGUAUCACUUAGAAGCUAUGCAGAUAAAUGAAGAAAACGGAAAGUGAGAUCAUGAUUGUUAGCUAGAAUGACUCCUAUUCUGAAUACAUAGGUCAUAAAAGCAUGGGGUGUAGGAUAACGGAAAUAUGUCUGGGGUUCCCAUUUCUAAUUUUAGUUCUAAGAUUUUACUUCUGUAUAUGUUAGUUUGCUAUUUGUACAUCUCAGUUUCAAAACUUUCAACAGAUUCAGUUACCUCAUUGGAGAUACAGAUCCAUGGAUAUUUUUCGCACUAAAGAAUCAAAAUUCCCAUGACAUGUUGCUUGGAUGGCUAAUGAUAAUCAGU